GAUGAAAUGUGAUUCUUUUUUGUUUGUUUUUUAUCGUGCAGUUGCGUGACUAGGCAGACCGGACUAGCAAAGAGCAAAAGCUAACCAAAGCAUCUUCCCUUUCCUCGCUCACAAGCAAAGCAUCCUCUUGCAACCACGGUGCACCUUCUGAUUCCUUCAGGUGGGUUUUGAUAUUGGUUCUUUCGCACAUUCUUGGUGUCCUCGUCUGCUGCCUCACCGACACCGGAGAGCCGAUUGAUCUCACCGGCGCCUGAGCAGACCGACGCCAUGGGCUCCCUGCUGAUGCCGCUGCUGAGCAGCGUGGCAGCCAAGGUGGGCGACGUGCUGGUGGGCGAGCUGCUGCGGGCGUGGGGCUGCACGCGGCCCACCGGAAGCUGGAGCGCCACCUCGCGGCCGUCCAGCACAUCCUGCUGGACGCCGAGGCGAAGAGCCGCACCAACCCCGCCGUCCGCGAGUGGGUCAGCGACCUCAAGACGGCCGCCUACCAGGCCGACGACGUCCUCGACAACUUCCGCUACGAGGCGCUGCGCCGCCGCGCACAGACCCGCCGCUCCAUGCCCACGACGCGCAAGGUGCUAAGCUACUUCACAGUCGAUAGUCCCAUCGUUUUCCGUCUUUCCAUGAGUAGGAGGAUGAAGGAUGUCCUUGAAAAGAUAGAUGAGCUGGUUGUGGAGAUGAACAAUUUUCACUUCCUUACGCAUACCGAGACACCAAGCAUUGAACACCCGCAAACACACUCUCGUGUUGAUGAAUCAGAGAUUGUCAGCAAACUAGAUGAGAAGGAACAGGUGGUGAAGAUAUUGCUCGAGAACCAAUGUGACAACAAUAAUGUCAUGGUGCUCCCAAUAGUUGGCAUGGGGGGAUUGGCAAGACCACCCUUGCUCAACUUGUGCACAAUGAUCAGAGAGUGAUGCAUCAUUUUGAGUUGGUCAUAUGGAUCUAUGUCUCUGACCAGUUCGUCGUUGAAGAAAUAAUUUGAUCUAUUAUAGAAAUGGCCACGAUGAAGAAGUGUGAAUUGACUAAGAUGGAGGCACUGCAAAAGGAACUUAGCCAAGUGUUGGGCAAGAAAAGGUACCUCCUAGUUCUGGACGAUGUUUGGAAUGAAGAUAGACAAAAGUGGGAUGAUCUGAGAUUAUUACUAUGCUCAGAUGCUGGCUCAGGUAGUGCUAUAAUUGUGACAAGCCGCGGCAAUCAAGUUGCUUCUGUCAUGGGAACAAUUCGUUCACAUCAGAUAUCACUUCUGAAUGAGGAUCAAUCAUGGGAGCUUUUCCACAGGAAUGCAUUUGUAGGGGAAGUGGAAAAGCAAGAUGAAUUGAUUUUAAUGGCUAGGAAUAUUGUCCAGAAGUGUAAGGGGUUGCCUCUUGCUAUCAAGACCAUUGCAGCUUUACUUCGUAUGGAGCAUCAUAAUGAGUGGUUUCCUGUUCUGGAUAGUGAUGUCUGGAAGAAUGAGAUCCUCAGAACUGGGUGUAUACCUGCAUUACAGCUAAGCUACGAUCACUUGUCACCCGAAGCAAAAAUAUGUUUUUCCUUCUGUGCUAUUUUCCCGAAGGGUAGCAUGCUCGAUAAAGACAUGGUGAUCCACUUAUGGCUUACCAAUGACUUCAUUGCAUCAGAAACAAGGGGCCAACAAAUUUUUGAAGUCUUGGUUUGGAGAUGUUUCCUCCAAGAUGUGAAAACUCAAGAGAAUCUGCUCUCCGUGUUUCGAGAUGAGUACAUCCACGGACCAACUACAUGCAAGAUGCAUGAUCUCAUGCAUGAUCUUGCUGAGUCCGUAAGCGGAAAUGAUUGCACAGUUCUUCAAAAGUACUCACCUAAUGAAAUUAUGCAAGGAUCCACACAUGCUAGUUUAUUACUACGUGAUGUUCGACAUUUGUCACUUGUUUCUAUCAAUAAUACUAGAGCAGCCAUGAAGGAUAUUAUAGCUCCCCGCACAAUAAUAUUCCAAAGGGAGUGGUUUGGAACUCCUCUGAUUAACAGAGUCAAAAUUCAUGUCCUUACGAGCAUUGAAGGUCUUCGCUAUCUAGAUUGUUCUUAUUCUCUUAUAGAUGCACUGCCAAAAGCCACUUCCAUGUUGUAUAGCUUGCAAACUCUAAAGCUCAUUGGUUGUGAAAAUCUCAAGAAAUUACCGGAAGGGAUGAGAUGCAUGAGCAGUCUUCGGCACGUCUUCCUCAUUGGCUGCAAGAACUUCAAGGAUCUUCCACCAUUAUGGCAGCUGCCCUCCCUCGUGUACUUGAGUUUGGAUGGUCUGCAUGACUUGACACGUAUAUGCAUUGGUAAUGUUGCAGACAAUGGGGAAUCCUGUAUGUGCCCACUGCUCUUUCCUAAAUUGGAAACCAUGAAAGUUUCCAGCAUGCCUAGGCUAGAGAGAUGGCACCAGGAGGCGACAGGGCAAGUAGCAGUCGUAUCAUUCCCUCGGCUCAAGAAGCUAAAGAUUUCUAAGUGUCCAAUGUUAGCAAGCAUGCCCAGGAUGCUCCCUUUGCUUGAAGAUCUAGAGGUGAAGUUGGCAACAAAGAUCCCCUUUUACCACAUGAUGAAUCAGUGUGUGCAAUCAAAUCUUGAGUGGAAAGGCUACAUUGAAGUGGAACCUGCUGGUUGGCUAAUGGGGGGCAUCCAUUUAUCGAGGUUUCGUGACUCUGAUGUGUCACUGGAAUUAAAAGAUCUCGUGGAAAAUGCAGAGCACUUUGAAGAGGCUGCAGCAAUAUAG